AUGUUCAACUCAACAAAUUCACAAAUCAGUCAUAUACAUGACAAACACUACAAUUACACAUAUACUGUAAUUAAAACCAGAAAAAUAAACUCAGUGAACAAAGCUUCAAUCCGUAACGAACAUCGCAUUGUCUACAAACACAGCAGCUGUCCUAAUACUUCCAAAAAAAUCUCCAUUCAAGUAUAUCUCAAUCAAUUUCAGUUCCCGCAAGCGUUCGCGUUCGCCUGUUGCUCGAUCCUCCUCAUCGUCCCAUCGGAGAGCACGGACUCGAGCGAGCAAGAUCUACUGGCACGGGCGUCUGCGCAGCUGGAGCGAUUGGCGCCAUAUCGGAGAACGUCAUCCGACCCGAUUCCAUCCGACGAUCAGUGGCAGUUGCUGGAUACAUCGUCGAAGGACACCGAUAAGUCGACGCUGGACGAGCGACGUAUGGCCUUGGAGAUCUAUCGAAUGCUGCCAGAGGCUCUACAGAAGGACAUCGCUACCAAAGGGAACCAGGUGGUGAUGGAGUUGCUCUCCAAUCCCACCUACAUGGCGCUGAUGCAGGAAAGGAUAAAGAGGUCCGGGUCCAAAGGUGGACACGGGACGAAACGUGACGGGUACGGUUACACGGAGUACGAGGGUUCGCCUGAAGGUGAUCAUCCGCCAGAAGGAUACGGUGGAUACGGGCCGGUACCGUACGGUGGCGGUGCCGAAUAUUACGGUGACGGACAUCCACCGCCAUCUGGCUCGGAUUCUGGAGGGAUCAUAAAAGGUUCUGGGAGUCUGAUAGGAGGCAUAGCGAAAGGUAUUAUCGGCGGUAUCGUCAGCGCAUCGGGCACCGCGUCGAAGGGCUCGUCCUCGAUGUCGGCGACGAGCCCCCCGCCGCACUAUGGACCCCCGUCGCAGUACGGACCCCCGCACUCGUACGGCGAUAAGGCGUUCGACGUUUGGGACUUCAAAAAGGCGAUCGUUAGCACGUUAAUGCAAGCGGUAAAAGCCAUAAGUGGCGGUGUGAUUGCUUUGAAAGGUCAGCUUAUCAAGGGAGGCGGUUACCUUCUUUCGUCGAAGGGCAAAAUGAUUGCGUCCUCCGGAGACGCGAUCACGACUUUGGGUACUAAAAUCGCGAAGAGUGCUGCUAAACCUCCGGAACCGCCGCAUCAUAAUUACGGUUACGAUCAUCAUCAUGAAGGUCACGGGGAAGGCUACGAUGGACCUCCACCGGGCGUCGAGGAAUUCGCCGAGCCAAGUGACGGUUACCAUGCAAAUUCGAACUACGGUUCGCCAUCCGAUGUCGAUCACCAAGCUGGCCUCCUGAUUGCGAAACCGUCGAAACCGGAUGAUCAUGAUGACCAGUCCACGGACUUGGACUCUCACAAGCCGCCUUCAACGGAUGCAGAGGAUAACUACCACGGUCCACCGCCAUUGGACGAAAAAGAUGUCGAAAACACCGUAUUGGGAAGCACGGAGAACAGUCAUAAUCAAGGUGGUCAUAGUGUGGACACUCAUCAUCAUCCGUCCAGCUACGAUGUUCCGACUCAUCAGCAUACGUUGGACAAUCACAAUAAAGGACAAGAUUACCCAGUUUAUCCUCCAUUGGGUGUAGGUCCACCGGCUGGUGUUCAUAGUCCGUUAUCGAUUCAGCCAAGCGUGGAAUAUCCACCGGUGCACAUUCGAUACACCUUACCUAUCAAAGGAACCUUGGGUCUGCCAGUUGCAGACACUUCGAGCAACGAUUUAUCCGUGUACGGGAGCUUGUCGAUCGGUGGUGACCCCGAACUGCCUAAACUGCAACCACACACGAACUUUCAAAGUUUCUCCCCACUACCGAGCACUUACGGCGGGGCUGCGUUGCAAGGGCCUUUGAAGAUACCCUUGCUGAAUAAUCCGUACAUGUCGCCUUAUUGGCGAGGUCCAGGAUUACAUCAGCCGGUUGCUGGUUAUGAUAUGUACGGUUUAUAUAGGAGACGGAAUGUCGUUCAAAGAAGAAGAUCCGUUAAUGAUGUUCUACGACAUAUGAGACUACCCCAGGUGUAA